AUGAAUAUCUUUAACAUAAAGUUAAAUCUGAUUCUUGCUGUAGGAUUAGGUGUUACUGGAAUAUUUUCUGGACUUUAUUGGUAUCAUGGCGCUUUUUCUCAUGUUGAGUUUACAGAUUCAAAGUAUGGUCCUUAUGAUUUCGUCUACUUUAAUAGAAUAGGAAGUUAUGAAACUUUAGACAGUGAUUGGAUUAAGAUUAAAGAUGAGGUUGAAAAUUAAUUUAACAGUCCGCAUUUUAUUGGUAUUUACUAUGACGAUCCUAAAAAGCUAAUAGAUUAAAAUUAAGCAAGAGCUGCUCUUGGUUUCUCUGUAGAAAAAAGUGAAAAGAAUAAGAUAUAGGCUUUCUUAGAUAGCCACUCAAGUUAUAAACUUGUAUAUCUCCCUGAAGUAAAAAGCUAUACAACUAGCUUCCCCUUUAAAUCCUAUUUCUCAUUUAAAUUAAUUUAGGAGAAAGUCUAUCCUAAAGUUAGUGAAUUGGCGUCUGAGAAAAAGUUAUAACCAUACUGCUUAGUUGAAUCCUACUUAAUUUAGUAACAAAACAAAAAAUUUAAUUUUGAUAUUCCAUUUGGAGAGUAAUCAAACAGAUACUUCCUAUUUUGA